UUAGCAUUUUGGCAUUUAGUGUGAAGAAGAGAUAAUAUACAGGAAAAAAUAAAAAAUAUAUCGAAGAGCCAUUUUGGAAAAUACAAUUCCGCCAUAUUUUACCGGCUUUUUUCAAAAUAUUUACAUUUUUAUAAAAUGUAAACAAACCAGAAAGUUGUGUUAAUUUUACAAUUAUAGCAAAAAUCCAAGAAAUUAAGUGAAAGGUCGCUUGUGUCGCAGCCUCAAAAAUACAGAGACAGACGUUCUAGCAACGAGUCUGCAAACGAAAAAGUGAAAAAUAAAAACAAAGGAAAUUGUAAAUAACAGUAAAAAAUUAACUAAAGUGUAGGAAAGUAAAGUUAAAAAAGUUUGUUUUUCUUUUUUAAGGAAACAAUGAUGAAUGGCCACAAUUUUGCCCUGGGCUCUGGUAGCUCGGCACCCAUUGUGAAUAAUUUGUCAUUGGCAUCGGCCGCAAUGCCUGUAUCACAUAGUGCUACAACUUCACCUUUGUAUUUCACACAUAUCUUACCAACUAGUACCACGAUAAUAGAACAGCCGUAUUCUACGGACUUGGACGAGCAAAUUGGCAGCUGUACGGUUGGCGAAAGUUUUCUCAUAGAGGAAAUCAUCGAUGAAUGUGAUGAAGAGGGUAACAUAGUUGUAGAUCGGGGGGAAUUCUUUAUAUCCGGUGAUAGUAUACAAUACUAUGCAGUUCCUGAAUCGAUGCCGCCACAAAUAAUAAUGCAACCUUCAAGUUCGUCAUCAACAGACUCCCUAGCAGCAUAUACGGCCGAAUGUGUCGUGCAGGGAACUGAAGAAAUAUUACCAGACUCUUCGGAUGCCAAUGAAGUGUUUGAUGAAUAUGUUACAGCUCAAUUAAAUUUGGAAACUAAUCAGUUUGAUAUAUCGUCCAACCACCUGAUGGCAACAAGUCAUAUUAAAAUGGAACACUUGGACAACAGUAAUCCACUGGUGAUCAAACAGGAGAAGUCUGACGACCCCAAUUAUACGUGUAAAACAAAUAAGGAAAGAAAAGAAAAGAUGCGUUUGAAUGAAAAAUUAAAAAAAUCACAAACAACAAAACGCUGGAAACAAACAAAAGUGCCCAUACGCAUUACACAAGAUGAAUUCAAUGUUACCUUGUGGUCUGCACUAAAUUCGGAAGACGAAGAAGAUCAUGAGGAUAAUAUUGGGAGUGAGCUCGAUCAUGUCGCAAUGAAAACGGAGGCAACAUCCUUAGAAUCUAAUGAAAUGUUGUUGAGAUCGAGAGAAUUGGAAUUGGAGGAGCAACGUGUCAAUCGGCUUUUAAUGAACGAAUCUAGUAGUAAGGUACAUGUACAUGAGGGUCUAUCACCGGCGGAAUAUGUUAUAGUUCCCGAUCCAUUUACUGGCGACAUUGUUGAAGAAGAAGUGGAGACGGCUAACGAGAGUAUUAUUGAAAAUAUAAAAACCGAAGAGACUCUGUUAAGCACUAAAUCAAAUGAUUUUAGUUCAAAUCAAGACCCAGGUCAGUUAGCUGAUGAACAAAGAACGGAAGCCGAAUUCCAAGACAGUUUUAUACAUGCUCCAACUGUCUUCAGCAACACAUUAAUAUGUCCGCAGCCGUCACCAGCAGUAGAGUCUACGGUCAAACUGAAAAGUAUACCUACGAGAAAUACAAUGAAUGCGUCUGUAAAAAAAUCUCCCUGUGGUACGUCUCACACAGCUCUAAAUACAAACUCAGCAACAACAUCUGCGCCUGCACCUCCCUAUACUACAGCUGCUGCUGCUUCAGGGACUGUAACAGUUUUUCGCUGUACAUUUCGAAACUGUAAUAAAGAGUUUCGCAAUCAUUCAGCCAUGCGUAAACACUCCGCUACACAUGGUCCACGAGGUCAUGUUUGUGCUGAGUGUGGUAAAUCAUUCGUAGAAAGUUCAAAAUUAAAACGGCAUCAAUUGGUACAUACGGGAGAAAAACCGUUUGAGUGUACUUUUGAAGGUUGUGGCAAAAGGUUUUCCCUUGAUUUCAACUUGCGUACCCACGUUCGAAUACAUACGGGCGAUCGACCCUACCACUGUCCGGUCGAAGGUUGCCACAAGUGUUUUGCCCAGUCAACCAAUCUCAAGAGUCACAUGUUGACCCAUUCAAAACCUAAACGUAAGUGGCCCAGGCCAGUCAACAAUAAGCCCUUGCUAGCUCGUUAUGGUCGCCUCGAGUUGGGCGAAAAUCCUGAUUUGGUGUAUUUGGAAACUAAUGAACAAUACGGCCCCAUUUUAGAUAAUUCAUAAACGUUUUUUUUUGUUUUUCUUUGCAAUUUUUUUUACUGUGUGUAUAGAACUGUAAAGAUAUCGAAAAACAAAAAGUUUUUAGCAUAUAUUUUUUUAAAAUUUUAAAAAAAUUAUAAAUUUUAAUAUUUUUUACCAUGUAUAAUUUAGCAAAAUUUAAAAUUUGUAUAAUUUGGAAAUGUAUUAUUAAUUAAAUUAAUAAUUUAAAAAAAACUAAAUUUUAUUACAAAAUACAUAGUAUAUACAGAUUGAUAGUAAUUUACAAUAUUUCUUUUUCUUAUUUUGUUCAUAAUAAUUUGUAUUCCUCUGUAUUCUAAUUUAAUUAAUAUGGAUCAAUGAAAUUAAUAAUAUUGAAAUAAAGGUAUGUAGUUUGUAUAUGUAUAUAUAAAAGGAAUAAAAAAUAAAUAUGUACUUUAAUGAUA